UAUCAAAAUUAAAAUAAUAAUAUAACGUUUUAGUUCUACAGUCAUUCUACGAUAUAUUGUUUUUAUUAUACCUAUGGGCUAUAUUCUUAAAUAGUUCAAUCAUCUUUAUUACCUAUGUAUAAUAUUUAUUUUUUUUUUAAAUUUAUCGUCAUAGUGUUUUCUCUAGAAUAAAUACAUCUAUAUAAAUAUUUCGAAAGUUUUAUUAUUAAUAAUAAUUUAUUGUUGGUUAACUGACCAAAUAAUAAAAUAUGAAUUUUAAUGAUAUGCAUGCUUUAGCUAAACGUAUAGAUACUCAGGUUAAAUCAUUAGAAGCAAAAGUAGCUCAUCCUAUGAGUAUGAUGUAUUCCAACAAUUCUAGUCAAGGUGUCAAAGUACUAUCAAUGUUGAAAGAUAUGAUCAAGGAUGUAGAAAAUAAAAAGCAAGAAAUUGAGAAUUUGAUACAAGAAGAAAACUCAACAUGGUCAGAAAUGGUAGAAGAUUACAACUCUGUUGCUAAAUUUAAAUCAGAAGUUGUUGCUAGUUUGAAUGAUUAUGAAAAUAUGUGGUCAUCUAACUAUCCUGAUUAUAAACCGUUCAUAUCAUACAGUGAUUCUGAUUCAGUAAAUGAAGAAUUAAAUUCUCUCAAUGAACUUCAUAUUCAUGAUGAUAGACAAAUAGCUGACCAAUCUUUAAAUGAUAGUCUCAACAAUGUCAAUAUCACAAUGUCUUAAUAAAGUUCUACUUAUUGUACGCAGAGGAUGUUGGUUGGUGAAAAAAAAUAUUUUAAACUUAGUACCUACUUCAAUGUUUUAAAAGUGUAUAUUAUGUGUUGUGCAUAAACAAUUUUACAAUGUUUUCUUUUGGUAUAUUGUGAAUUUUUUAAAUAAAUAGUAAGUAAAUUAAUA